UCUCCCUCUCUCUCUCUCUCCGUCUCCGUCUCCCCCCCUCUUUUUCGCCGUUGCCUCUUUGCCUCCCUAAAUCAAGGUGCAAAGAUGCCAAAGAGUGAUGAAAUGAAAAGAAAGCCAAUUGCUGGACUGAGGUGGGGGAGAUAGCUGCUCGGAGUCCGCCUGCGACUAUGGAGCAGUCAGUAAUUGCUGGAGACAGGGAGAGCUGGGGGUUGGGCUGAGGUAGCCAUGUAUAAAUAGUGUGAUCUCAAAUUGAAAGGCAUAAAUAACAGCAGGAGUGAUCUAACCCUAUACAGCCCAUCUUCUACGUGCAAAAACAGCGUGCGGAGGACGGCCACAUCUCCGAUUGAAAACAAGUGGAUCUCUGUGGAUAAGAUCACCGGGCAGCCAUGGAAGAACUUACGGCUUUUGUAUCCAAAUCUUUUGACCAGAAAAGCAAAGAGAGCAGCAGCGGCAGUGGCAGCGGCAACAAGAAGGAGACCAUCACGUACAGGGAAGUUUUGGAGAGUGGGUUGGCUCGCUCUAGGGAGCUUGGAAACUCUGAUUCUAACCUGCAGGACAUGACCGAGAGCAGCAACCAUUGCCCGGUGCAUCUUUUCAAAGACCACGUAGAGAGCGACAAGGACAAACUGAAGGAGUUCAACACGGGCAGGACAGCGGAAGGGAUCUACGAAUGCAAAGAGAAGAGGGAAGAUGUGAAGUCAGAAGAUGAAGACGGACAGACCAAGCUUAAACAAAGGAGAAGCAGAACCAAUUUCACACUAGAGCAGCUGAACGAGCUGGAAAGACUUUUUGAUGAGACUCACUAUCCAGAUGCCUUCAUGAGGGAGGAACUAAGCCAGAGGCUGGGACUAUCUGAAGCUAGGGUUCAGGUCUGGUUCCAGAACAGGAGAGCAAAGUGCCGAAAGCAGGAAAACCAGAUGCACAAAGGUGUGAUCCUGGGAACCGCCAGCCAUUUAGACGCCUGCAGAGUAGCCCCCUAUGUGAAUAUGGGAGCCCUGAGGAUGCCUUUCCAACAGGUCCAGGCGCAGCUGCAGCUGGAGGGCGUGGCCCACGCGCACCCGCACCUGCACCCGCACCUGGCGGCCCACGCGCCCUACCUGAUGUUCCCGCCGCCGCCCUUCGGGCUGCCCAUCGCCUCGCUGGCGGAGUCCGCCUCCGCCGCCGCCGUGGUGGCCGCCGCCGCCAAGAGCAACAGCAAGAACUCCAGCAUCGCCGACCUGCGGCUGAAGGCCCGCAAGCACGCCGAGGCCCUGGGGCUCUGA